CUUCGGCACCCGUGCUGCCCACGAAGCCCCGUCGAGGCUUCGGUUUUUCUUCCCGUCGUUGGUCCCACACCCCACCGCAACCGUGUCUCGCCAACGAGCCUCCAGGAUGUCCAAGGUGGCCAAAUACCGGCGCCAAGUGAGCGAGGACCCGGACAUCGACAGCUUGUUGUCCACCCUGUCUCCGGAGGAGAUGGAGGAGCUGGAGAAGGAGCUGGACGUGGCCGAYGGGGACGGCGGCGUCUCGCUGGAGCUGGAGCAGAGCGGCCAGGCGGAGAAGCCGCCGGCGGCUGCGCCCAACUGCGACGCCACCCUCAACCACUGCGGCAAGGAGAGCCGCAGGGCCGUGCAGAGGGAGCUCUCCGUGGACGAGACCAGGUCGACGGAGAAGAAUAAGGAAGCCAAGAAGGGUGAUGAGAAGGGCAAGGAAGCUCCUUCCAAAGACUUGGCCCAGAAACAAAAUGGAGAAGCAGGGAAAGACUCUAAAAAGGAAGAAAGUGCUAAGAAAACAGACCCCAAAGUUAAAGCUGAGCCUGAGAGGAAGCCCAAAGAUGAGAAAGCCAUCAAUGACAAAGUCAAGGCCAUGGAGAAAAAGCUGUUGGGGAAGGACAAAAAGGAGGAAGAGAAGCCUUCAGCAUUAAAGAAGGAUGCAGGGAAGGAUAAAAAGGAGGAAGGGAAAGAUUCAGCAUUAAAGAAAGGGGCAGGGAAGGAAGAGCCUUCAGCAUUGAAGGACACAGGGAAAGACAAAAAGGCAGAGGAAAAGAGCUCAGCAUUAAAGAAGGAGGGAGGGAAGGACAAGAAGGAGGAGGAGAAGCCUUCAGCUUUGAAGAAGGACGCAGGGAAGGACAAGAAGGAGGAAGAGAAGCCUUCAGCCUUGAAAAGGGACAUAGGGAAGGACAAAAAGGAAGAGGAGAAGGCUUCAGCGUUAAAGAAGGAUGCAGGGAAGGAUAAAAAGGAAGAAGAGAAGAGUGUGGGAUCAAAGAAAGAGGCAGGAAAAGAUACAAAAGGUGAAGAUAAAGAAAAGGAUAGAAAAGAAGAAGAAAAGAAUUUGGCUUUGAAGAAAUCGAAGGCUGAUGAAAAGGACAAGUCCCAGGCAGAGCCAGAAAAGGCAGCGGAGAAGGAAGAGGAGGCUGASAAGAGCUCAGCCGCUGAAAACAGCACCUCCAAGCCCACCGUCAGCCCCCCGGAACAGGCCAAGGACGACGAGGCCUCCAGCAUUUUUGACGAACUCAUCGAGAAAGUGAAGAACAACGACGCAGAAGUCACGGAGGUGAAUGUGAACAACUCGGACUGCAUCAACAACGAGACCCUGGUGCGCUUCACCGAGGCCCUGGAGUUCAACACCGUGGUCAAGGUGUUCGCGCUGGCCAACACGCGCGCUGACGACCACGUGGCCUUUGCCAUCGCCAUCAUGCUGAAGGCCAACAAGGUGCUGACGAGCAUCAACCUGGACUCGAACCACAUCACCGGCAAGGGCAUCCUGGCCAUUUUCCGGGCCCUGCUGCAGAACAACACCCUGACCGAGCUGCGGUUCCACAACCAGCGGCACAUCUGCGGGGGGAAGACGGAGAUGGAGAUCGCCAAGCUCYUGAAGGAGAACACUACCCUCCUGAAGCUCGGCUACCAUUUUGAGCUGGCUGGGCCUCGCAUGACGGUCACCAACCUGCUAAGCCGAAACAUGGACAAGCAGAGGCAGAAACGGCUCCAGGAGCAGAAACUGGCACAGGAACGUGCAAAGAAAGACCUCCUGGAGGUGCCCAAGCCCGGAGCCCCGCCAAAGGGAUCCCCCAAGCCUUCCCCACAACCAUCCCCCAAGUCUUCCCCGAAAAGCCCUGCAAAGAAAGGGGCAGGGCCGGCCGCGCCGCCCCCUCCUCCUCCUCCGCUCGCCCCGCCGCUCAUCAACGAGAACCUGAGGAACUCGCUGUCCCCGGCCACGCAGAGGAAGUUGGCAGAUCGGGCGCUGCCAGGCCAGGAGAAGAACUCGCGGGACCAGCUCCUGGCGGCCAUCCGCUCCAGCAACCUCAAGCAGCUCAAGAAGGUGGAGGUGCCAAAGCUGCUGCAGUARGGAGCGGGGCUCUCCCGCGCUGUGGCAGACCCGGGACACUCGCCCUUCUCGUGGCUGUUUCCAUGCCGAGCCCCGUGGGAGCCUGCAGUGACCGACGCCGAGGAGCAGCGACCUCCCUGGGACUGGCGGAGGAGGAGAGCGGCCCCGAGCAGGGCCGAGCCGGCACGCUCCUUCGGCGCAGCGUGUCACGAAGAUCUUGUAUUUAUUAUUUCUAGGUGUGUGAAGCCCUAA